AUGGCCAGAGCCUGCUCCACUCAUUUUUCUAUUUCAGUAAGCCAACCGUACUCUGUUAUCACACCAAAUUUCUUCGAUUUCUAUUUGCAUGUACCUGUUUUUGGCAAUAUCAGUGGUGUCUGCAUAUGCUACAUAUGCAUCCUAUGCCAUCAACAUGUUUUUUGGAGGACAUCCAAGGGAAAGUCCAUUUAUGCAUUCAUCUUGGACAUUGCUCGUGAUCUGAUUCACUUUUAUAUGAAUGCCACCUUUCUGUAUACUGCAUUUGUGACUCAUCGCAUGAGUCUUUCUGCGCUUUAUCAGCUCAGAAUUUCAUACAUCAAAGUUUUGAAUCGUGUUACUGCUUGCAUUCGGUAUUGGAAAAUCACAACCAAUAUGAACAGAUAUCUAAAAGAAGCCACACCUCAGGACUUUUAUGAGAAUGACACAACAUGCGUUAUCUGUCGAGAUGAGAUGUUCAGAGCUAAAAAAUUGCCUUGUGGGCAUAUUUUUCAUGUGGAAUGUCUGCUUUCAUGGAUGCAAGAAAAUGAUAGUUGUCCUACAUGCAGAAGUUCAGUAGUUCGUCAUGAGAAAAACUCAAUAAUUGUGCAGCAAUGUCGAAUUCCAUCACAAUCCUACCGAACUGGACCUGCAGAGACUGCCACAUCGAGGCAUGAAUCUGAUGAAUCUGAAAAUGGUGUGAUGGAGAGAGUAACUACAAAUCAGCAUCAGGCAAGGCUUCAAGCUGCAGUGAGAGCUGCUUCGAUAUAUGGAAAAUCAUGUGUAUCGAUUCACAUACAAUCCUCGUCGCAUGGUAUUUAAGCUAGUAAUUCAACUGAGUGAGAGAUUUAAUGCGAAGAC